UCCCUCUUCCCCUUCCUAGAUCGACACCCCUUCCUCUCCCGAUCAGGAUCAACACAUGACGCCCUUGCUUCUCCGUCCAACCACACCGCAUCUCCUCCAACUCCUCCCUUUGGGUGAGAAGAGGAGCCCUUCUUCGCUUUACCGAGAUCCGCAUUUUUAACUAGGGUUGGAGUUGGAGAUCAGAUCUGUGAGUUUUAGGAGAAUGUCAUUGGCAUUGCUUCAGGUGAGGCAUUUUUAGGGUUGCACAGAUGAGAGGAGUCUAAUAGAGUUGGAUAGAUGGGCGAUGAACUCAGCGUUCCUCUUGGUUGAGAGUUUCGGAUGUUUGCUACUAGACUCGGAAACCAAGCUGCAAAGUUUUUUGCUACUUAGCCUGUUUCUUUUGGUUUUCUGUAGAUUUGUCGAUUUCGUUAGCAAUUUAAGCAGAUAGGCUUAACAUCGACCAAGACACUCUAAAAUCAAGCUGGUGGCUGAGGGAUUCUUGGUUUCUACUUGAUUCUGUUUGAGAGUUUUUGUUUUGAGCUUUCUUUGCUUAGGACGUACAAGAUGGCAUGCAUGAAACUGGGAUCAAAACCCGAUGCCUUCCACCAACAAGGGCAAGCUUGGUUUUGCACAACAGGACUUCCUAGUGAUGUUAUUGUCGAAGUUGAAGAAAUGACCUUCCAUCUCCACAAGUUUCCUUUGUUAUCAAAAAGUAGCCUUUUGGAAAGGUUAAUUAAGAACUUUGAUGAAGACGAUAUUGUGACAAGAGUGGCUGAUGUUCCUGGUGGUGCACAAGCAUUUGAACUUGUGGCUAAGUUCUGAACUUGUGGCUAAGUUAAACAUUAAAUUCUUACUUAUGGUUAUUGAAGUUGGUGUUGAGUACGUUGACUUCAUGUGGAUCCUAUUCUGUGUUGUUUGCUAUGAAGAAGAGUGUACUGUAAUCAUGUGUGAACUGUGGAUAUUGUAGAUUCCAGAGUCAAAGUCAUCAGCCUGCAUUAACUUUAGCGUCGUCA